ACGUGUCGCGCUUCAUAAUGCGCAGCAGCUUUACCUGCCCACGAAGCUGUGUGCCUUCACAUCCAUUUAUAUACAAUUGCGGCGUCAGCGUAGGAAAUUUGACAUGCCGUCCUCAACUUCAACAGGCCCCCGAUUGUCCUGCGAGGGUACUGCGAGUUUGAAUGCAUCCAUGCGCAUUCGUUCCUAGUGGGAAUCAUGUCGCCGAAGGUUGAACCACGCAGCAGAGUCGCGCGUUGGUUGUGGCGCGAUCAUCCGCUGGAUUUUGGUGCCGGCUUCCCUGAAACAGGUGCAAGCACAGAGAGCCACAGAGUAUUCCUCGAAGCAGUCAACGGCAGCGCUUUCAACUGGCUUGUCUUCAUCGUCGCAGCUUCGGGCUUCUUGACGGAUGCCUACAAUCUGUUCAGCAGCAAUGUCAUCCUGCCAGCAUUGUCGUACGUUUACCAUGAGGAGGCCGACUUCCAGUUCACAUUCAAUGCCAUGACAUUGGGUGCAAGCGCUAUCGGACAGGUGGUUUUCGGUAUCGCCGCAGACGUGUAUGGCCGCAAAGCAUUGUAUGGAGUGGAACUUUUGAUUGUGAUCAUAUCAACCAUCGGCUUGUUGCAGUGUUCGCGCGGUUACGUCAACCCACUCGAGCCCGGUCAAUCGACGUGGGAUAUUACAGGCUGGCUGUUAUUCUGGAGAUGCAUUAUGGGCUUUGGCAUCGGCGCCGAAUAUCCGCUGAGCGCUUGCAUCGGGGCGGAAUGGUCAUCGACGAGAUCCCGCGGUCGCUUGAUGGCUGCAAUCUUUCUUAUGCAACCACUCGGACAAUUAUGUGCUUACGGCGCCGGCCUCACCGCAUUGCAAUGGACCAAAGGCAACAGCCGAACAGAUAUCGACAUGUUUUGGCGCUAUGUAAUUGGAAUUGGUUGUUUACCCACGCUGGUCGCGCUCGCGUUUCGACUUUACAUGCCAGAGUCUGGACGAUACAUAUACGACGUCGAGCGGAAGUACGCUCGACGGACGGACACAGACAGCAUCCACAGAACAGACGCAAACGAUCAGGAAGAAUCGGUAUCGAGGGCCAAGAAUGAUCUGACCAAAGGCACCUUCAAGCAAUUUCAACUCGAAUGUCUCAGGACAUAUCUGUUCGAUGGUCGGCGAAAUUGGGUCAUAUUGCUCGGAACGUCAAUGUGUUGGUUAUUGUUGGAUGUUGCAUUUUAUGGCCUGGGUUUCAAUAAUCCUUCCGUAUUGUCAAAGCUCUGGGCUUCCAAGGAUCUGACAUUUAUGGCCAAUGGUUCCACGCCAACUUGGUUCCGUGACAGCAUUCUCCAGCCCCAGACAAUCGAUGUCAUAUACUCGAACGGCACUUCGGGCACGCUCCAACGGAACGCAACUUGGCCCGAUAAUGUAGAAUCUACUCCGUUGAUCAAGAAUGUCCUCUGUGAGAACAUGACGAACGCCAUAUACACCGUCGUCAUCCCAUCGAUCCUCGGACUUAUCUUCUUGAUUAUGCUUAUCAACAAGAUUGACAGGAAGCGACUUCUCACCAUCACCUUUUCGAUACUGGCAGUCUUACUGUUCGUCGCAUCCUUCAGCUUCGAUUCCUUAUUCCACAAAGAGGAACGACAUGUCCUCUUGAUUGUAUUAUGGGUCUUUAUUUCCUUCUUCUUUAGCUUCGGACCGAACACCUUGACUUUCAUUAUACCUGCGGAAGUCUUUCCAACCGAAUAUCGCUGCACCUUCUACGGUAUCGCCGCCGCCGCCGGAAAGGUCGGAUCGGUGAUUGCCCAAGCGAUUGCGCGUGCCGUCCGACCUUCGCAGGAAGAGCGCAACAAUCUAGAUGCAGGCACCAGCAAUGAUAAAUUCAAAUGGCUGUUGCUUUGCUUCAGUAUCUGCAUGGCACUCGGCGCGAUCUUUUCUGAGCUCUGCAUACCACGUGUGCAAGAGCGAUCAUCAACUACGCCAGGAUUUCCCUUGGAGAAUAUAUCACUAGAGGAUCUGGCUUCAGGACGCAAGGAGCAGACCAGGCAGGAUGACACAGAGAUAGGUCUGGAGCAGAGACCGGUGUCAGAGGUAUCUACUGCUGAGAUUGCGCUUAGGGCAGAGUCCAUCAUCGCGAAGCGUCCACCAUAACGUUUAGUCCGAGGAAAUGUGCGAUAUUGUAUCUUAUAAUGAAAUAAUGAUGGAUUCACAUAGAACAGCUCGGCGUCGUGACAGAUGCUUCACGAUAGGAAUAUGGCAACAAUGCGGAUUCACUAUGUGAACAGUAUUGAUAUGAUCGACGAAAGAUUGGUCAGCGGGAAGUCUUGAAGUGAUGCAAUAUGAGACGGAAUACACCGCUGGAGGUUGGUGACAG